AUGGACGGCUACUCCGAGUUCUACAUUUCUUGUAACCCCCCGUUACUCCCUAACGGCGUCUCAUCCGUCAUUACAGAUGCCGUAAAUGACUUGGGACAGAUUAUUAUCGAGGUCCUGUACGAGCCCGAAGUCUCUUGGUUCAAGUUCAUCUCCGCUGUUCAAGACCAGCCCCAAAUUACUCAUUGGAUGCACAAGCGCCUGGAACGGCUGUUGGAAGCUGAGGUUUACCCGGUCAAUGACGACGAAGAUCUAUUCGAGGACCAGGACGAUGCUGGUUACUCUGAUCCCAAAGCUCGACCCGAUGUCCAGCUGUUGACUGAAACGCCUCAUGUUGUUCCUUACCCGUUACUUGAGCACACUUCCCCGGACAUCAAGGAGCAGUAUGACCCGUACAGGUACCCAGACCACAUCAAGCAUCUCUCUCAUAAGAGAACAUGGCAAAGCCCUGAAGGGUUGGAAGGAGUCACUGUCUCACAAAUUCUCUCCAAAUUCGAGCCUCUAUUGCCAGCCUUACUUGGCCCCUCAGGCAUUGAGAAGUUAGCAGAACUCACAAAAUGUCAAAUAUCGUACAAUCUCCGGGGCUCACUUUUGUACAUUGGCAGUGACCAGGGUCUGAGCGCACUGGAUGCUGCAACGCAAAAGCUCAACACGCUUGCGAGCCUCACGGUAAUUAUCAUGCCUCAUCUCAUGCUGUAA